AAUUGACACGACUCGGACUGCAAAUCUGGCAGCGACUAGAGCGAUCGAGGCAUAGUUGUUGAAAUAAAGUAGUUAAUUUAUUUUAUGAACUACAGUGCUUUCUUUUUGCAUUAUCAUAACUAAACGUCGUAGUGUUAUCGUUUAUACUUUUUGGAAAUUAUCGUAAAAGUGUUAAAUAUUGCCUGAUGAGUAGUGACUUGAUUCGUGUGUGGACUGAGAUAUGUUAAUUUAUUUCCCAUGUCACCGGGUUUCACCUACGUUCCUGAAACUUAAAGGUUUACGAUGUCGGAGAUGGUGAAGUGAGCGGAGAGUCGGCGAGAUGGUGGCGCGGGUGGUACUCCUAUUGAUGCUCGCGCGGGCCAUGCGAUUGUUCGCACUCGAUAUUUCUCAAUGUAUCGCUCCCCUUGGAAUGGAAAAUGGAUUAAUUCCCGACAAGGACCUCACAGCCAGCUCUUCAUUCAACGACGGCAACGUGGGCCCUCAAAAUGGACGAUUAAACCAAGAGAUAAAAGGCGGCGCGUGGUGUCCCAAGUCUCAGAUAACAACGGAAUCGACGGAAUGGCUGGAAGUGAACCUGCAUUCGGUUCACGUGAUCACGGGCACCGGAACUCAGGGCCGUUUUGGGAACGGCCAGGGACAGGAGUACGCGGAAGCCUACGUCCUCGAGUAUUGGCGACCUAAAUUGGCUAAAUGGGUCCGAUACAGAGGCGCCGAUGGCCAAGAGAUUCUCUCGGGGAAUGCGAACACUUACCUUGAGAAGAAGAACCACUUACAACCACCAAUAUGGGCGUCGAAGAUACGCUUCAUACCUUACAGUUCCCAUCGACGAACUGUUUGUAUGAGAGUCGAAGUCUACGGCUGCUACUGGAGCGUUGGGAUAGUUGCAUACUCAAUGCCGAAAGGAGACAAACGAUCGAAUGGAAUAGAAUUAACUGAUAUGACUUACGAUGGACAAUGGGGCGAGGACCUUAAAGGAGGUUUAGGUCAACUGGUAGACGGGCAAUACGGCGGUGAUGAGAUUCGGGAAGCUGCCCGGAAUUCAGCGUGGGUCGGCUGGAAGAAGGAGUCCCGGCCCAACCCCCCUGUUAUCACAUUCGAAUUUGAUAAAGUGCGCGAAUUCAGCGCCGUGCACUUCUUCUGCAACAAUCGUUUUAUGCGAGACGUCCAGGUUUUCUCCGAAGCUAUUAUAACGUUUUCGAUCGGUGGUCGGCACUUUCAAGACGAACCCAUCCGUUAUACUUACGUCGAAGACAGUAUAUUUGAGAACUCGCGUAACGUCAGUAUAAAACUUCAUCAUCGUAUCGGCAAGUGGGUGAGAAUUGAACUGCGUUUCGCUGCCAGUUGGAUACUGAUAAGUGAAGUUGUGUUCGAUUCGGAUGUCGCUCAAGGCAAUUACACUCCAGAGACCGUGAAAUCAACGGGUGGUAAAGAAAAAACUAAAUCGACUACAACAAAAGACUUACCGAUAUCUACCGCACAUCAAGAAGAUCCUUUAUACGUCGCUAUAGUUGUUGGGGUUUUAACAGCUCUAGUGAUACUUUUAGCAGUCGCUGUGUUCCUUAUAGUGCAUAGACAUAGACACAGAAAGUGUUUCGCUUCGCCAUUAGCGAAGUCUACCAUCUCCCAGAAGAGAACGGUGACUGACACUUAUAACCCUUGUGGUACAUCAAUGUUGCCCGACAACAAAAUGAUUCUAGAUUGCCCUCUAGAUGUGAAAUCAGACGAAUAUCAGGAGCCGUAUCAAGCGCUCAAAUGCGCUCCUUACUUUAAUUAUAGCACAGUAUUGCUCGAGAUGAAAGACUUUGUUAAGGACUCUAGUACACCUUUAUCAGAUAGUUCCAACUACGAGUACGCGGUGCCGGAGUUAAGCUCUGCACCAUUGUUGACGAAACGACGUCUAGCUGACAGUCUGUCGGGACGCACUACCGACCCACUUUCUGACCAUGAUCUUGAGAUGGGGCUCUCACGAAGAUCUGCACCAGCCUCCAUACGCUCUAAGAUCAGUACUAGGUCGCCGAGCCAACAAGAGGUCCUGAUAGAUUUGAAACGACGUUUGGAAACGACGAAUGUGAUAGAAUUCCCGCGGCACAGACUUCGUAUGAUAUCGAAACUUGCGGAGGGAGCUUUUGGCACGGUGUAUGUCGCGGAAGCUGACGGUGUCCCAGAGUAUAAUGGUAUUGUGACGUCAGAGAAGAGAUUGGUGGCAGUCAAAUUUCUAUGCCACGAUGCCACCCUCAAGGAGAGGUAUAUCAUGGAGGAAUUUGAGCGAGAUGUUCGCAUUCUAGCGGCACUAUCAUCCCCCCAUCUGGCGAGGGUUCUAGGAGCUUGUAGGACUCCACCACUAGCUGUGGUCUUAGAAUACCUAGAAUUAGGGGAUUUAUGCGCUUUCCUACGAUCAGCGCCACCGCCAUCUGUCGGCACAUUACUACAUAUAUCCACACAAAUUGCAACCGGCAUGCAGUAUUUGGAAUCUUUGAAUUUCGUUCAUAGAGAUUUGGCAGCUAGGAACAUUCUAAUCGGUAAAGGUUAUCAGAUAAAGAUUAGUGACUUCGGCACUGAUAAUGAGAUGUACACUUGUGAUUAUCAUAAAGUGGAGGGUCGUGUACCUAUCCCCAUACGAUGGGCCGCGUGGGAAACAUUAUUAGGACAUUAUACCACUAAAAGCGAUAUGUGGGCUUUCGCAGUAACACUCCAUGAAAUAUUCACAUUCUGCAGACGGCGACCGUAUGAACAUCUCACGGAUAACGAGGUGUUAGAGAAUUUAUCUCACUUGCAAGCGGAUGACGGUCUAUUUGAGUGCAUCGAGCGAGCGCCCGGCAUACCUCGUGAUCUUUACGAGCUGAUGAGAGAAUGUUGGAAACGUGACCAGGUGGAACGACCUGAUUUUGUCGAAGUAAACCUGUUCCUCCAACGCAAGAGUUUGAACCAUGCGACCACGUGACGGGAUCACGCGGCUCGCCCGCUUUAUAACUUCGGCUACUAACAAACGGCCCGGGGCAGAGGUAAACGUUGUUCUUGCUUCACACACUAUCAAGUAACUAGGUUUUAAAUACUAACAAUUUAGACUUCACAUUUCAUAUCAAAAUAUCUCAAUUUAUAUCCAUUUUUAAUGUUAUUAAUUUAAUUUGAUUAUUUCUAGUUAAAAUAUUUGAAAUAUCAAAGUACAUUAAAUAUGUCGGAAUGAACGAACGGUUUGUACAAUUCAAUUCCGAAGGUAGAUCAUAUACACGGAAAAGAUCUUCCAUUGUGGGCGUGUAUGUCGGAGAUAAUAAAAUAACAAUCGCGUAACAUUAGAAACAUUAUUCUUUUGACCACCACCUUAAUUGAUAACUUCACAACACACUUCAAUUGAAUUGCAAACAUUUACAGAGAUUAACCAAUUGAUUUUAUAAUAACAAAGCACAUCAUUCCACCAUUCAAAGACAACUGUCAUCAGUUAUUCGAUUGUUUUAUUUAUAAAUUAUUAGUUGCCAGUAACUUUAAUCGUUUAAAAAUUACCAAUCGUUUCGCCACGUUAUAUAUAAAAUUAAAUUUAUUCAUAAAUAUCGGUUAAAGUACUGAACUUGUUCUUGGUAAUGGUUUUGAAUCCCGCCAUGUUAUGAUGAAGGAACUUCAAAAAAUAAUAAGUUUCCUUCCCAUCAGUGCUCAAAACCUCUA